AUGAAAAGGAUAAAGAAAUUGCGCACAUCGAUUUUUACGCUCCAGUCGUUCGCUGCUUUUUCAAAGGAGACCUGCACGUUUUUACCUCCUAUUUUCACCUGCAGUCUGAUUGUUGCUCUCGAAAAGCACACUUACAUCUACACACUCCCCUCCAUGACUCUCUUUUCCGUCUAUCCAACGUACUCCAACCCAAACGGCGUUUGCGACGUUCGCUUUGUCGAGAGCACUCCGGUCAUCGCCACCCUCGGCGAGAAGCGCGGAUCGAUUCGCCUUGUCGGAAAGCAGCCCGAAGUGAUUCUUUCUGCCCACGACAGUGCGAUUUCGUGCCUUGCACUCUCGGAGGAAGGCGAAUUGCUGGCUACAGCGUCGACACGCGGCUCGCUGAUUCGCGUUUUCGAUGUAAAAACGGCGCAUUGCAUUAGCUCCAUUCGUCGAGGUCAUCUCCACACAUCGAUUGUGAAUUUGGAGUGA